CUUUUAUUUAUUUAUUUAUUUUUGCCAUAUAGUGAAACAUGGACUGUACCAACAUUAUUGAUUUGGAACCACUUAUAAAGAACUGGGCAUGGACAGAAUAUCAGAAGUCUGGUAAAGAUGCUAAGAAACACGAUUACAAAAACGUACUAUUGAAGAUCAAUUGGAGCCACACGGAAUUUACUACGUUCGACUUGGAAUAUCUAAACAAAGAGCGCAGCAAAGGUCAGAAGUCACAAGUAGUAUUUAAAUCCAUCUACGAAAAUAAUACGAAGGAAAGUCAGGAGAACUCUUUCACCACAGAACGAACCACUGUCUCUACAUGUACCACAGCUUUGACUCAAGGUUUCUCGAAAGGGUUUAAUGUUGAACUGAAGUUAGCCCUACCUGAGGAUAUUAUGGAGGUGACUACAGGAUUUGGUCGUGAGGUGACGAUGGAGAAAGGAAAUGAAGAAACACACGAAGAGUGUUUGACAUGGACAGCAAAUAGUUCUGUGCAAGUACGACCCAGACAUCGUACCACGGCUUCUUUGGUGGUAACAGAAGAGGAGUUCCACUGCGACUUCAGUUUGUCUGUUCGUAUUCGAGGCCGUAUCGUUGUUGUACUGACCAACUUGCUAGACAACAAUUCAUUCUUAUCGGUAGUUGAAGGAAGCAUUGUUAAGCUCUUAAGUUCGAAUUCUGAUAUAAUGAAACAUUGUACAAAAAAAGAUGAUAGCCUUAUAUGGAGUGUAACGGGGAAAAGUAAAUUCCGUUACGGUGUCGAGCAACACAUAAAAAUUGACGAAGAAUCCCUGGAGGCCUGAAAUACAGAGAGAGAGAGAGAAAAAAAGGCUCGUUUUUUAAGCCGUCGCCAUUUUCCAGUACUUCUAAUCUUUUUUUUCUGUCUUUCUAUCUUAUUUCAAUCAUUUGACUGUGGCCAUGCUGAGGCAUCGCCUUGAAGAGUUUUAAUCGAAGAAGUCUACCCUAAGACUUAUUAUAUUUAAAGCCAGGCACUUAUUCUAUCGGUGACUUUUGGCCAACCGCUAAUUUAAGGGGACAUAAACACACACCAAAACGGGCUCUCAAGUGUUGGUGUAGACACACACGCACACACACACACACACACACACACACACCACACAUAUAUAUAUACGAUGGCCUUCUUUCGGUUUCCGUCUACCAAAUCCGCUCACAAGGCUUUGGUCGGCCCGAGGCUAUAGCAGAAGACACUUGCCUAAGAUGCCACGCAGUAGGUCUGAACUCAGUCCCAUGUGAUUCGGAGGCAAGCUUCUCACCACACACCCACACCUAUUUAUAAACAAUUGUCCCAUUAAAAUAUUUUAUAAUUUUUUUUAUUAUUUUUAACAAAAUUACAUUUAACAAUGAUUCUAUUUUGAAGAGACUAGAAGUAUUUGUUUAUUUACAUUAUUUUUUAAACUGUUUAUUUGCAUAUUUGUUUUAGUUAUAUUUACUCAAUGAUUCAUAAAAUUUCUUUUUAAAAAAUCAUGUUUUUUUUUAAUUGAACAAAACACUUUAAUGAAAUGCGGGUUUGAGUGAUAUGUUAUCAUAUUAUCAUAUGUUGCUAUGGUGAUAUAUUCUUCAUUUGGAAACAAUAAAAAUCGACUUAAAAGUGAGAGCAGAAAGACAUUUGUAGGCUUUCGUUAGGAAAAAAAUAUUCAUUAAGUUUUCAUAAUUGAAUGAUAUAUAGAAUGGUGAGAAAGUUCAAUAAAUGAGCUCCUUGAAGCUGAAUUUCUUAACAUUACGAAAUGCUUAUGUAGCGAUAUUUAGAUGCGUCCCUUUAUUUUCCGAGUUCGAUUCCCGCCGAAGUCAACAUUACCUCAAUUUCAAUUAAAUACAAGAGUCGAUUUAAUUAACUAUUUCUCUCUAGAUGUUUGUGUUUGAAGUAAAGAUUAUUAUAACUUUUAGUAAGAGGAUUGUAGAUUGGUUGCAUCGGUUGGGCGGUGGA